CUGCUCAGCCACCGAACAUCGGCAGCCCGCACAGCGCACAGCCAGCCAUGGCGUCGGAAUUCGAACCCCUCCUCCCCCGCGCCGGUCACCGAUACCGCCCCGCCACCGGCGGCUGGAAGUCCGCUCUCUUCAUAAUCUGGGUGGAGGUGGCGGAGCGGUUUGCCUACUACGGCAUCUCCGGCAACCUCAUCAGCUACCUCACCGGCCCGCUCGGGCAGAGCACGGCCGCCGCUGCCGCCGGCGUGAACGCCUGGUCGGGCGCCGCGUCCAUGCUGCCGCUGCUUGGCGCCGCCGUCGCCGACUCCUGGCUGGGACGGUACCGCACCAUCGUCGUCUCCUCCCUGCUCUACAUCGCGGGUCUGGGGAUGCUGGCGCUCUCAUCCAUGUUCGCAUCACCUGAAGGCCAGCAAUGCAACGUCUCCGCUAACGGCCAGGGAGCAUGCCCGCCUUCCACCCUACAGACAGCCUUCUUCUACGUCUCGCUCUACCUGGUGGCCAUUGCGCAGAGCGGACACAAGCCCUGCGUGCAGGCCUUUGGCGCCGACCAGUUCGACGCCACAGACCCAGCUGAGUCCUUGUCCCGGGGUUCCUUCUUCAACUGGUGGUACUUCGGGAUCUGCGGCAGUGCGACGGUGGCCAUCGCCCUCAUGAGUUACGUACAGGACAACGUCAGCUGGGCCAUCGGCUUCGGGGUGCCCUGCAUAAUCAUGAUGCUGGCGCUCCUCGUCUUCCUGCUUGGUACCAAAACUUACCGGUUCUAUGACUCGGGCGACAGCAAUGGCGCCAGCGUGCUAUCCCGUGUCACCGAGGCCCUCAGCGCAGCCAGGAAGAGAUCGCCAGAAAGUGGCUCGUUGGCUGAGCAUGGCGAGAGAAAGGAGAAUGAUGCGAUCGUGGAGGAGGUGAGGAGCAUGGCGAGGUUGUUCCCGAUAUGGGCGGCGUGCCUGCUCUACGGCGUGGUGUUUGCACAGCCGCCGACGCUGUUCACGAAGCAGGCGGCGACGCUCGACCGAAGGGUCGGAUCAUCUGGUUUCCAGAUACCGCCGGCGGCGUUGCAGUGCUUCAGCGGCACCAGCAUGAUCAUUUCUGUCGUCAUAUACGACCGCAUCCUGGUGCCUGUGGCACGCAGGGUGUCCGGCGUCCCCUUGGGUAUCACAAUGCUCCAGCGGAUCGGCACCGGCAUGGCCCUGGCCGUGGCCGCCCUGGUGAUCGCCGCGGUGGUGGAGAUGAGGCGGCUUAGCACCGCAAUGGAAGCCGGGUUGGUGGAUCAGCCCGACGCGAUGGUCCCCAUGAGCCUGUGGUGGAUCAUGCCACAGUAUGUGCUCAUCGGCGCGGCGGACGUGUUCACCAUGGUCGGCAUGCAAGAGUUCUUCUACGAUCAGAUGCCCAGUGCGUUCAAGAGCCUCGGCCUCGCGCUCUACCUGAGCGUCCUCGGCGUCGGCAGUUUCAUGAGCAGCUUCCUCAUAUGGGUCAUCGACGGCUUGACGAAGAAGGGCGGCGGAACAAGCUGGCUCGCAGACAACCUCAACCGGGGUCAUCUGGACUACUUCUAUCUGCUUAUUGCUGCGCUCACCGCUUUGGAGCUUCUUGCUUUCCUGUACUUCUCAGCUUCGUACACAUACAAAAGAAAGACUGCCAACGUUCAUUGAUACUUUGGUCGACCAAUCAUGUAUAGCAGGUUAUAUGCUGCCGGUUCCACUAUUCA